AUGUGGAAUGAUUGUCUUGCACAUGUCAGAGGAAACCAAGCCAUAGAUGGCUUACGUGAACCAUAUCGAUCCAGGGUGGAAUGUUUUUGUUCGUCCAAUUAUAUAAAAGUGAAGGAAUGUGCGCUUCAAAUCGAAACCUUUCCAAAAAACAGAGAGCAUCAUGAUAAAAGGGGUUCGUUAUUAGUUGAAGAGAAAUUUCAACCAACCAGUGAUAUUACAAAAAUAGAUAAGAUUGAAGCAGACAUCAAGGAAUUAGUAAAGGUGGUUAAGGAACUUACUAGUAGCAUGGCACCUGGACAUUCUGUCUCAAGAAACCAGUAUUCAACACAAGGUUCAAGAACAAACAUUGAUAAUCGAUGGUGCUUUAAUUGUCAACAAGAGGAACACAUCUCACACAAUUGCCUGAAUCGAGAUCCUCAAGGUCCACCUGUUAAACAGAAAAUGAACUAA